GUCUUGGUGAAGCAGAUUAUUGGCACAGGUGUCGCCAUUGGGUGGUGAGACAUGACGGAGCAAAAUGAACAGGGAUGUGCUUGAUGACGUCGAGGCUGUACCACGCACCAGACUAUUUUGGCGGAGGGGUGAAGGAGAGGGAAAGCAAACAAUGGAUCCAGAACAAGAGCUAAACAUAGCUGAAGACGGCAUUUCUGUCUUGACUGACUCGGAAGUCAACAGCAACAGUUCUCAUCCAAUACUUCCACACUCUUCUCCAGAUUCUCCAGAUUUCACGCUUCAUUGAUUUUCUGGAUUCACUUCAUUUCCAUGGCAUCCGGAUGACAUCAGUCCAAACAAACAAGCCUACAACACCACUUCACCAACACAACAUCUGCCAUAACUUCUAAAGUUUUCCACCUACCAAGUCGGCAACUCACUCAGCUGAAAAAGAGAGAAUACUGGCUUCAACACUUUGCAAUCCACAGACAUCAACUCUUUCGUCGCAACACCUUCUGCUAUGGCCCGGCCAGGAGCGAUGAUGGCCACUUCAACAGGCCCAAUGACUGAGCCUCAUACCAACCAACCAACAGGCCCAAACAAGCUCGAGGAUCAAGCAGCCCUCGCAGCUCUAUAUGUCAGCAAAUAUGACAACACCAAGACGGGGAGAGAGCACUUGGACAGCAAUAACAAACUAUCAUCUGCUAGUAUGCCACUCGUUACUCUUUUCCAUGAAUACUAGUCGAGUACUGACUUAUAUUUAGGUGCAGCCACCUCUCUCAAAUACGCGAAACCAGAAGACCUCCCAAGUUAUCCUUCACCUGGGUUAGGAUUGCGAAAGCACAAAUCUGCUGCCGGAACGGCUGCAAGCCUGGGAUGGGCCAACCAGAAAUCCUUUGAGCAUUGGAAACCCCACCCCUCCACCUCCGCUUCUACAGCUGCUAUGCUAGCAAAGGAUUACAAAAUGGCACCUCAGUGGCAGCCCGAACAGAGUUCUCACGGCGCAAAGGCAGCACUUUUGGCACAUAAGAAUGAUGGAAAGGUAGAGGUAUGGCGACCAGAAGCUUCGACUUGGGGAAACUCGGCUGCGGCGCAAGCUUUCAAAAAGUACGGAGCAGGUCAAUCAUCACCGAAAAUUGAUUACGGCUACACAGAAUUGGGAAGAAAGGGCUCGUUGAUGGCUGCUACUGGUGCCAUGUCAACGAGUAGACGACGGGCAGAUUCUACUCCUCAGCCAUUACGGAGGCUCGAGACGUAUCCCGAUGAAGCUAAUGCAGCCGCAAAUGCUCUGAGCGCAGCUACACACGCCCACAAACCCAAGAAUAGAAGCAACCUGAGUACUGAUGGUGGGUCUGUGCCAUAUACUGCCAUGUCCCGAGAGAUGUAUACCUCUCAUCCCCCAGUUGCACCAGAAGUCGAGGAAAAAUCCAAACAAGAUUCUCUUCAUGCUUCAGCUGUUGCCAUGGCAAAGCAAAUGUACGACAUCCAACAGAAACAUAUUGACGCAGCAUCAAAUGCUCAUCGUGCAGCUGCCUCAGCACAUGAUCGACAACCAUCACCGUCGGGUAUGAGCGAUGAUUUAGCACCAAUGAAAUAUAGCGCCAAUCUUCAUGAAGCAGCUCACAAACUUGCCCAAGAAAGACUAGCGAAACUUCAUAACGAGCACGCCAAGAACCGCGACUAUCGUGAUUAUUACGGGAGUCCUCAGCAACCAUUUAGAUUGUCCAUCAGGGGUAGAACUCGACGUCGGGCAUCUAGUGACGGAUUGUUCGAUGAAGACCGGGAAAAUUCCAACAAGAUUCGUGCACAGAUGUCACUAUUUUCUAGCAAUCUUGACCAAGUCGACUCGAAGAAGCGCCAACAUGAUAGAGAAGCUCUAAUCGCUGUAGCUCAACGAAAUGUCACUAACCGUCUCCACGGAAUGGACGAACGUGUAUAUGCAGACACAGGGAAAGUCGGGCCCUCGCUUCUCAGUGAGUGGGAGGUCAAAGCCCACGCCGCUGCUCAGGCAAAUAGCGCCUCGCGAAUGGAAAAUUAUGGGAAAAUCGAUAUUGGGGGAGGAAAUUUUAUCGAUCAGAGUGCUGUUGAAGCUGUAGCUGCGAAGAAUAUCCAGCCCAUCUUGGAUGCUAUUAAUGAGAAGGCGGAGAAGGAACGAGAAAGACAGGCCGAGGUGAAGUUGGACCAGGAACGUCAGAAAGCGAAGGCGGAGGAGAAGAAGGCGAGGGAGAAAGAGGAGAAGGAGAUCAAUAGGAAAUUGCAGCGUAAGUUGCAUCUAUAUCUUAAUCUUAAAUAGAUCGCCUAACUGUUAUUAGAACAUGAUAAAGAAGAGGAGAAAGCCAGGAGAUUCGAGGAGAAGAAAGCCAAGGAGGAAGAGAAACGAGUCUCGAAAGAGAGACGAAAGUCCCUGAAAUCAGAUCCCGGCACUUCAACCGUCCCCGUAACCACUCCUCAAAAGACCAAAGACACAAAUCCCGAAUCCCCCGCAACAAGCGAAACACCAGCACCCACCACCCUCGCCGAACGUUGCAAAAGCUCCACAGCUGAACUAGCAGACCUCAAUACAUCGUCCCCGGAAACCACAACAAGCUCCCCCGAGAACAACGCCACAUUCAGAGCUCCCAAAUCUCCUCCUUUUUCCCCGAGAGAAGGAGGCAAAGUCAAAAACUGGCUGAAAAACACCUUCAAUCAAAGGUCGAGGAAGUCCUCUACCUCCGCUGGUGACCACGGGUUCAUAGGCGGUGCAGCCUUAACUGGGGCAAGUCACCCGGCGAACAAGAUUAAUACUAGUAUCACCGGCAGUGCGAGAAGCGAGAGUAUGAGGGACGUCGCGCUUGCGAGUCCUGUGGUGGGGGAGUCUUCGGGGAUGGGAGGCUUGGAUGGGGGUGCCGGUAUGAAGAGGGGUAGGAAGGGAGGCGAUAGCGUGGUGAGUAGUUUGUCGUCCCCAAGUAAGGAUUACGGGUACCUGGAGGCCCGCGAUGGGUUCGAUGAUGUGCUUGUUUCGCCCCGGAGCUUUGCGGGGGAGUCGGUGAAGGGGGGAAGUCCGGCGAGGGAGGCGAGGUUUCAGGAGGAGAUUUAGGGUGAGGAUGGUAUGAUGCGGAUUGAUGGGUUAUGGUGUAUUUGGUGGGGACUCUAUGUUGUCUUUGAAUUUGCUUCGUUACUUUGGUUUUCUUUUGUUUUGGGUUGGGUUGGGUGUGGGUAAGGUUGAUAUCCACCUCCCUUUUUCUCUCUGGAUUCAAGGCGAGGGAGUCGGUCUUUGAAUGGGCUGGGAUGUGGUGUUUACACGUCUACUUACUGCGUUAUUAUGCAUGUAUGUCUACUACUCUACUAUUAGUACGGAGGUUACUGCCUAUGCAACGAUGGGUAUCUAUAGGUAGGUGAGGUUAGGGGGCUGAGUUUAUGAUUUUAUGAUCUCUCUUUUUCUUUUCUGCUUGUUUGUUUUGAGAUGUAUUGUAUUGUAGUGUACUGUAGUGUAGUUUAGUGUAUUGUAUUGUAUUUUUGAGAU